AUGCCUCGUAGACGCGCCGGCUUCCCUCGGAUCCUUCUCGGCGGCGGCGGCAAUGCCGCCUCGCAUACAAACUACACCAUUGAUUUGGAAGAGGGCGAUGCCCAUAUGAGAAGGGAUGAAGUUGUGAUCAUCCACCAGAUCCACAUCCCCGAAGUGGAUUUCCGUAUGCUCGUGCCUCUUUGUGUUGUGACCACGGUUUCACUUUUGGUUACAUAUUUGGUUAUGAAGGUGAUUGGGAAAGUUUUUGGUUUAGUUAUGACUAAAAUCGGGGAGCUUGCUGGGAACUUGAUGUGA